AUGGCCGCCGCUCUCCUCCGUUUAUUGCCGUUCUUGCUGCUAACGCUGACGGCGCCACCCACCGCCGCUGCAGCUGUUUUGGCACCGGCGGCGCCCAAGAACGUCACCCUCGACUCUGCCACGCUGUCCUUCGCGGACCUCACGCUGCUGGGGGACUCCUUCCUCCGCAACGGCUCCGUCGGGCUGACGCAGGAGACCGGCGUGCCUUCCUCCAGCGCCGGCACCGACCGGCUCAUCGAGGCCGCGGACGCACGGCUGGCCGGCGAGUUCGACAAGGACGAGAUGCUGCGGCUGCUGCUCGUGGGGCUGAGCUGCGCCAAUCCCAAUUGUGAGGAGCGUCCUGCGAUGAGGCGGGUGGUGCAGAUCCUGAACCGUGAGGCCGAGCCAGCGCCCGUGCCGCGCAAGAAACCACUGUUGGUGUUCAGCUCCAGCGCGUCCAUGAAGCUGCAGGAGAUCGCCUUCUCCUGCGGCGAUGACGUCCGAGGCGGCUACUCUGUUGCCAAGCCUACAUCCCCAAAGUCCGAGGGAGCCGACAUUGAACGCUGA